GGGCAAGACGAAGGACGAGAGAGGGUAUCGGGACAGAACGCAAAGUGGGUUUUGUUGUUUCUUUGGGGACCGACAGGAAAUGGGAUCAGCAAACAAUGACGAGAACCAACCUUCUCCGGCAGCGGCCGCCACUCACAAAAAACCGGCCGACAAGCCGGACUUUGCCGGCGAGCUGUUUGACGCGCUGAACCGCCGGCGGCCACAGCCCGGCGACGGCAUCACCAAGGACGAGAUGCUCGAGUUCUGGGAACAAAUCUCCAACACCAGCUUCGACAGCCGCCUCCGGACCUUCUUCGACAUGGUGGACAAGAACGCGGACGGCAGGAUCAGUGAAGAUGAGAUCAAGGAGAUAAUCACGCUGAGCGCGACGGAGAACAAGCUGUCCCUGAUCCGGGAGCAGGCGGAGGAGUACGCGCGGCUCAUCAUGGAGGCCCUGGACCAGGACAACCUCGGCUUCAUCGAGCUCCACAACCUGGAGAGUCUGCUCCUGCAGCACUCUGUGAGCGAGCCAUUGGCGCGCCUCGGCACCACCCGAAACCGCCGCAGCCUGAGCCGGUUGCGGAGCAAGGUGCCCGAGACGCCGGAGCCCGACAACCUCCUCCUGCCAUGGCUCCGCCGUACGGCGUACUUCCUGGAGGACAACUGGCGACGCGUGUGGGUGAUGCUGCUGUGGCUCUCCAUCUGCGCGGGGCUCUUCGCCUGGAAGUUCGUCCAGUACCGCCGCCGCUACGUGUUCCAGGUGAUGGGCUACUGCGUGUGCGUCGCCAAGGGCGCCGCCGAGACGCUCAAGCUCAACAUGGCGCUCGUCCUGCUCCCCGUGUGCCGGAACACCAUCACCUGGAUCUUCGACCGCACCGCCGCCGGCCGGGUGGUCCCGCUCGCCGACAGCCUCAACUUCCACAAGGUGGUCGCCGUGGGCAUCACCGCCGGCGCCGCGCUCCACGCCAUCUCCCACCUGACCUGCGACUUUCCCCGUCUCCUCCACGCCACGGACGCCGAGUACGCGCCGUUGGGGCAGUACUUCGGCUUUCCCAGGCCGGACAGCUACUGGUGGUUCGUGAAGGGGACGGAAGGGUGGACGGGGCUGGUGAUGCUGGUGCUGAUGGCGGCGGCGUUCACGCUGGCGACGCCGUGGUUCCGGCGGGGGCUGCUGCUGCGGCGGCUGCCGGGGCCGAUGAAGAGGCUGGCGGGGUUCAACGCGUUCUGGUACACGCACCACUGCUUCGUGGCGGUGUACGCGCUGCUGCUCGUGCACGGCCACUCCCUGUACCUGACCAGGGAGUGGUACAAGAAGUCCACGUGGAUGUACCUGGCGGUGCCCAUGGCGGUGUACGCCGGCGAGCGGCUGACGAGGGCGCUGCGCUCCCGCGUCCGGCCGGCGAAGGUACACGACGCCGACGUGCUCCCCGGGGACGUGCUCUCGCUGAUCUUCACCACGGAGCCGCAUGGGUCCCGGUUCCGGUACAAGAGCGGCCAGUACAUCUUCCUCAACUGCGCCGCCGUGUCGCCGUUCGAAUGGCACCCGUUCUCCAUCACGUCAGCACCGCAGGACGACUACGUGAGCGUGCACAUCCGGGACGAAGGCGACUGGACCCAUAAGCUCAAGGAGAUCUUCUCGGAGGCAAAGAAGAAGAGGCAGAGCGCCCAGCUCCCGGCGGAGAACCACCGCGAUGGCGCCAUGACCAACCUGAGGUGGCCAAAGGUGCGGAUCGACGGCCCCUACGGCGCGCCAGCGCAGGACUACAAGCAGUACGACGUCGUGCUCCUGGUGGGCAUGGGCAUCGGCGCCACGCCCAUGAUCUCCAUCAUCAAGGAUAUCCUCAACAACCUGAAGCAGCUCGACGGCGCCGACGUCGAGGCCGGCACGGGCUCCGGCUCCGGCGCCGCGCCCUCCUCCUCCUUCCGCACGCGCCGGGCCUACUUCUACUGGGUCACCCGGGAGCAGGGCACCUUCGAGUGGUUCCACAAGGUCAUGGACCAGGUGGUCGAGGCCGACGGGGACGGCAUCAUCGAGCUCCAUAACCAUUGCACCACCGUGUACGAGGAAGGUGACGCCCGCUCCGUCCUCAUCAGCAUGCUCCAGUCGAUCAACCAGGCCAAGACCGGCGUCGACGUCGUCUCCGGGACCCGUGUCAGGACCCACUUCGCUCGCCCCAACUGGCCUCAAGUCUACAGCCGCAUCGCCCACAAUCACCGCAACCAGCGCGUCGGGGUGUUCUACUGCGGCAACCAGGUGCUGACAAAGGAGCUGCGCGAACUUGCGCAACAUUUCUCGCGAAACAGCCCUACCAAGUUCGAAUUUCACAAGGAGAUCUUCUAGCGAAUGAUUAGAGUGACUAGUCGUCAACCUGUGCAAAUGCGAAUUUAUAAAAUAUUAUUUCUUCAUUAAAGGGUUAAGAUGUACAAUAAUUUAAUCGUAGUUGGAUUUUAUGUUGAUAAGUUCACACUUGUUAUGGCUCAGGUAACAAAAGGAACUAGUAGAAAACAGAGGGAAACACUGCUCAAAUAUUCACCCUGUGGAUGUGAUAGCAUGUAAGACGUAUUUCGUUUUGAGUUAUGUGAGGCCAAAGGAAAUUAUUAAAUGAAUUUUUUA